CAUCCUGUUUCACCAUCAACAUUGACGACUCAUGCUUCAUUCUCCACGGCAAUCGACUCCGCUUGGUCGAAUUACAUACGGAGGACACCACUCUCGAGGUCAUCAGCCCUAAACUCCAACAUCUACGGCCGUGCCGACUCGGGCCUGGCCGUGGCUCGUUGCAGUCUCAUGCUUGUAGACCGCAUAAUCCACGUCCGCGGGGAAAUAAGGGUGAGUAAGGCAGCACCGGAGGAAGCACAACCGCGGGAUACUUCUAAAUAACCUCCUGGCUGUUAAAGAAGGGUACCACCAAGGCAGCUGGCAGUAAGUUUUCCUCUGUUGUUGCUGAUGAAGUUCAGCUCCGCGAAAAGGGUAGAGAGCAUGCUGAAGCCAUCCAAGAACGAGCAUCAAAGCGCGGUAACCAACAGGCUGCCGCUGCUGCUGCUGCUGCUGCUGCUGCUGCGGGCAAGGGGAAGCGCAAGGGGGCGGACGCAGCUCUCUCCGACCCUCUAGCAUUGGCUCACGAUGGCGGGACGAGAAGCGGGGCUACCCCAGAGGCUUCGCGCGGGGAACAGAUGUACGCAGGCUUCGGAGGAGCGCCGGUCUAGCGCGCGGGAGUUGAUCCAGAAGGACCACGUGUUGAUGGAGCGAGUACGGGUAAUGCUGGGGGUAAGCGCUGCAGACCACGCAGCAGCUAAGGAGGCGGCGGUCAACGCGGCGAACACUCGCGCGCUCCGGAGGCACGAAGCGCGCGUGGUGCUGACAUGUGCUACCGCACCAACAACGACCAUGAUGGUGGCCCUUGUACAUCACAGCCCCGACGACCGUGGGGAGCACGAGACGGACGCUUGGAUGUGUUUGUCCAGCGAUCUGAACCAUGACUUCGACUUCUAUCACGCAGCGAUGGAGGUCGUUAUUGCGCACUACACGACGGGACCGAAGUCUGCUGCCACCGCUGGGAGUGCGGCCCCACGAGUGCAUAUGUUUACGGACGGGUGCGGCAAGCAGUACAAGGGUAAGCGGAACUUUCGAGCGGUGGCACAGAGCCUCAACAGGCUGGGUGUCCGCAUUUCGCACAACUUCGCCGUCACUUCUCACUUCAAAGGCACUCAUGAUGGCAUCGGGGCGCACAUGAAGCGCCUACUUCGGAAUGCGGAGAUGUAUGGCACGCGUAUCCCCGACGUCGACGUCGCGCAGGAGAUUCUGCUAGGCUACGCCGCGAAGGCGGACAAGGCGCGUGAAGGCCACUUCACAACCCGGUCCCCUUACCGGAUCAGGAGCUUCGAAGUCAGGAAGUUUGGCCCCAAAGAAAUUCCUUGCCUACCGAUAGAUCUGACGGGGAUCCCUGGAAGUGCCAAGCUGUACUUUUUCACGGGAACAGGGGAGGAGCAGCAGACUGUGCAGGGUACUUGUAGUCUUGUGUGGGCUACUAGUGUGGGGGUGCAGACAGACGAUUCUGGGGUGGAAGCGACCGGAGGUAAGGUGUUGACGGCUAGGAAGUGGGUGGUAGACGAGUCCUGGGCGAGGAAAUGGACCGCCCCCAAGAACUUCACCAGAUCUUGGAAGUUGCGAGUUCGGGGCGCAUCGUGCUACUGCUCGACUUGCCGAGUAGGCUGCUACGAUGACUGCAUGGUAGCGAAGGUGUACCCCGACUUGGUUGGCAAGGUGAUGGAGAAGUCGGGAAAGGAGAACGUUGGGAGACGCACGCUUGGGACUCAAUUGACCGGCGCUAUCGUUCCGGUCAUAUCUUCGGACGAGUCUCCAGUGGCGCCUACUCCCAACCCCAUGCCUAGUCGGACGCUUGACGAGAGCAUGGGGGAGAAGAAAGAUGGGGAGGAGGAGAGGGAGGAGGAGAGGGAGGAGGAAGAGGAAGAGGAAGAGGAAGGGGAAGAGGAAGAGGGGGAGGACGGGGAGGAGGGGGAGGACGGGGAGGAGGAGGAGGAAGAGGAGAGGGAGGAAGAGAGAUAA